UAGGUUGCCGCCGGUGCUCAGUCAGUUCUGUGCCGGGGCUUGAACCGAGUAAACGUGCUUAAGAAUUUUUAUAGUGCAAGUUAUUCCACAAUCCACUACCAUGGCCAACGUUAUGGAUGUACAGACUGAAGACAACUUGCAGUACCAUUUCUUCCCGGUUUCGUGCGGUUCGGUACAGUUCAAAGUUCGGACCUCCAAUGACGCUCAUGUGGCGCUUACUAUGGGACCCCAGGAAUCCGACCCUAUGUAUGAGAUCUUUAUCGGUGGUUGGGGAAACACCAAAAGCGUGAUUAGGAGAAACAGGAGCAAACCUGAUGUGGUUGAGGCUGAUACUCCACAAAUCCUGAACAGCGGCGAGUUCCGUGGGUUCUGGGUUCGUUGGGACGGAGGCGUCGUGUCCGCCGGCCGCGAGGGUGAACUAAUCCCCUUCAUGUCCUGGACUGACCCCCAACCGUUCCCCGUCGCCUUCGUCGGAGUUUGCACCGGCUGGGGUGCUACCGGAACCUGGAAAAUCGAAGAUGGCGCUGAAUUUAAUACACCGGACAAGUUAGAGUAUAAAUUCGGGCCGGCAGCUGCGGGAUGCCUGGAAUUUGAGUAUCGUGGUCCUCAUAAUGCGCACCUUUGUCUUACGGGCGCGCCCGCAGAGGUCAACCCGAUGUACGAGAUAAUUCUUGGCGGUUGGGAGAACAAACAGUCCGUCAUUAGGUACUGCAGAGAGAAGCCAGACAAGGUUACUCUGCCGACGCCCGGAAUAAUGAAUCCUAACGAGUUUAGGAAAUUUUUGAUUGAAUGGAGAUGCGGCAGAGUGAUGGUGCGCGACGGCUCUUCGGGCGCAAUGCUGAUGGAGUGGACGGACCCCGCGCCCUUCCCCGUGACCCACUUCGCUGUGCGCACGGGCUACGGCGCCCGCGGCCACUGGCGCAUCCGCCACUUCGCCAAAGGCGGCCAGCAGCUUCCUCCACCAUCGGCGCCUGUAGCUGCUCCUUUGUACAGCAGCCCCCCCGGCUACCCUGGAGCGGGUGGUGCUGGACAGUGGAUCGACAUGACCGGAGGACAGGUGCCGCCUGGUGCCGUCGUCGGAGGACAGGACUGCUCAGGGGAACCCCUGUACGUCGCCAGAGCUUCCCACGAGGGCGCCGUCAUCCCUGGAAAACUGGUGCAGUCACAUGGCGCCGCUUACGUGCCUUGGGGAGGAUUGGAGCAUGGCAAACCUCAAUACCAGGUUCUAGUCGGCGGUCCUAAUAACUGGGUGCCCACAAACGGUUCCAACAUCCCCCCUGGCGCUUUCCCCGGCGGGCAGACCGAGGAUGGGGAGACCCUCUUCAUUGGCCGCGUCCGCCACGAGGGCAGCGUCACCACCGGCAAGGUCCAGCAGUCGCACGGCGUCUGCUACAUCUCCUUCGCAGGCCAAGAACUCGGCUUCCCCGACUAUGAAAUCCUACUCUCUUAAAGAACGAAAAUAACGAGUACACUCUAGUUUUGUAGCCCACUCUUUGAUUAAUUGGUAGAUAAACAUAAGUCAAAGAAACUACAUCUGCUUCUACAGCGAGUUCAAGUGCCUCUCGAAUUAUUGAUUUAAGUAAAAAUAUUACUUGUAAUCGCGCUGUGCUUACAUGCAUAAUAUUUAGAUGCACAGUAAAAGUUGAUUUUAAGAUUUAUAUUAAUAGCAUUUACGUGUUAUUUUAUUAUUAUUAAAUUAUUUUAUUACAAACACGA